AUGCCUGACCCUCUUCAACGGUCUGCAUUCCAAGCGGCCCAAGAUGCCGCCCAAGCUCGCCAGAGGGACAACCAUCCAGGUCUCGAUGCCCAGAGACAGAGAAAUCUAGAAGAGCAGAUGAUGGACUGGCUCCGGCUCCAAAUCUUCCUCAUCUUUUUUGUCUCACCCUUCCUUGUCCUUCUUUACUUCUGGCUGGGAGUGAAUGUCGUGUACUAUGGUCUUGAGAUCAUCGUCCCCGUGCUUGAGACGACAGCAAAGGUGUGCCGGAGCUUUCAGGGCUUGCUUGAACCUGUGUCGUCUCUAUUAUGGUAUCUGGUGCGCUGGCUGGGGUACCUCUAG